AUGCUCCAGAGACACCAGCGUAUUCAUACAGGGGAGAGGCCGUUCACAUGCAUUGCUUGUGAGAAAGGCUUCACUCAGUUAUCCAACCUCUUGACACAUCAUCGUAUUCACACUGGAGAGCGACCCUUCACUUGCACUGAAUGUGGGAAGGGAUUUGCUAAAUUAACCAACCUUCUGACACAUCAUCGAAUUCAUACUGAGGAGAGACCAUUUAAGUGUUCUGAUUGUGAGAAGAAGUUCAAGAGUAAAAACAAUUUGCGGAUUCAUCAGCGCACUCACACUGGGGAGAAGCCUUUCACCUGCUCCGUUUGUGGAAAAGGAUUUGCGCAGUCUUCCACUCUCAUGAAGCACCAACGUGUUCACACUGGGGAGAGGCCAUUCACGUGCUCUGUAUGUGAGAAGGGAUUCUCUCAGUCUUCCACCCUGCUAAAACACCAACGAAUUCAUAAAUGA